UGUGAGGGUGCAGGCAGCCAUCGAUCCCCUGCAAAAAAACGUAAAAAAAUUAUUCGUGCGGCUGUUGAACACAUCAGCAUGAAUAUGCUUCGUUACUCCAACACGUCACCGGGUAUUGUGUGGUGGGCAACAUUUGCUACUGCACACCCAAUGAGGUACUCUUCAACUACAUCGCCUAAAGAAGGCCACUUGCGCUACUACUGGCACAUGGACUUUUAAGUAUAAACUGAGAUUUUCCAGUUAUUCACAUGUGUAAAUCACACUCUUUUUCAGACUAUUCAUGCUUUACUUUUCUGUUGUACUGACAAGACUGGAGACUGCACACUUUUAGCUACGGUUCGUACACCACUUUAUCAUCUACGAGGGAUAGCAUUGUAAAACAGGCCCACAACUCACGAGUUCACCCAUUCGCAUUAGACAAUUAACCGGGAACAUCAUUCUGUACUUUAUACGCUGAAUGCUUGCAGUUAUAUAAUUAGCGAAUAAGCCUCCAGUUACUCACAAAGCCACAGACAGAUGCUAUCAGCAACAUCUAAUGCAUUACUCCUUUAACAUUACAGUCAUGUGAUCAGCAGUGCGUUAUGGGAUAGGUGUUUUGUGUUUGCAAAGAGAAAAGCAGGAACUGUUGUGACGUUAGAAUACAUUUAGUAACAGACCUGCAAAGGUGAUUUCCAGACUUGAUAUUCAGUUCCAAAAAAUGCCAAAGCUGAAGAAUUCCCGUACUCGUGCUUUGCCCAAGAUCCUGCCAAACCGUCCAGAUGAGGAGUACACAGUGAUGGUGGAUGACAUCUCUGAAAAGAAAUUCUCAUCUUGGUUGGAGUUCUGCACCUUCUUUGACACUUGGUGUGAAAAGAACAAAGUUUUGUUCUUUAAGAACUCUGAGGACCUUCUCAGCAAGAGACUAGACCCAGAAUUGGUGAAGAGAUUCCGAUUUAAUAUGGUCUGUCUAGUUUGUAAAUACUUUCGUGGGCGACUUGUGCAGUCCAGCAAUGGGGACUACAGACGUGGAUGUCCUGCUUGCAUAAUACUGAAACUGGACCAAGAAGAAGAAAAAUUUAUUGUAAGAAAGGCAGUUUUGAAGCAUAACCACAAGCUUUGCCCGAUUGAGUUUGCUAAUUACUUCAGAAAGGGCAGAUACACUGGUAACAUACACUUUCUCUGUCGAAUCACCAAUAAUUUGGAAAAACAUUUCCUAGAAGUGUAUGAUAUACGUAGGUUAAAGGUUUAUUUGAGAAAGCAAGAUCCUGAUCUUCUGCAUGAUAUAGAGACACUGGGAGAGCUGCUUGCUGUAGAUCCUGCAGCAAAGAUCAAGCUGGCCUUUGUGGAGAACCAGUUCAGUGUGAAAUAUGUUCUCCUUAUUACCUCAAAUAUGAAGAGCCUAUGCCGCAAGUUCUCCCGUGUGCUUUACCUUAGCAAGUUGACGCACAUGAGUAAUGAAUUUGAUUUUUAUACUGUACUUUGUGAGGAUGCCAAUGGCAGAGGCCGGGAAUGUGUGUGUUGUAUUGCAAAGAAAAAUACACCUAAUAUUUUUCGCUGUCUUCUUUUAUCUCUGGUGCAAUGUGUGCCAGAAAUCAAGUUUCAGGUAAAUUGUCUAAUGGUAGAAAGUGGCACUGAGGAGCUGGAUGUUAUUAGGAAUGUUUUCCCAAAAGCUAAAGUCCAGUUGUGUAGGACAUGGGUUUUAGAGACUUUGUAUAACAAAGCUGUUGAAAUAGAGGGAUUUUCCUAUGACAGUAUGUGGAACUUUCUUUGCAAGCUUGCUGACUCUCCAUCACCAAGUAAAUAUGCCGAUUGCCUGAGAAAGAUGACAACUGUGUUCUCCAAAGAGUUUGUCCGUUACUUUAAAAACAACUGGCAUCCUUAUAAGGAGUUAUGGGUAGAUAGUUGGGCCUUUGAGUCAAACAAAGGAGAUGUGUUAAGGAGCUUUGUAAGAGCACAUCAGCAAAUGAUUGCUUCUGAACUUCUUUCUUCGUGGAAAAUAGUGGAUUAUAUUAAGAUUUUUUACAAACUUCAGACACAGAAGGCUGAGGCAGUAGACUUCAGUGAAGGAGAAGUUUCAAAACACUAUCGUCAGAUUUGUCCAGUUGAACUGGCUGACUUAGUUGAUGAGGAGAUUAGUGCUGCUAAGAGUGGAUGCUUCAAAAUCCAGGAUAGUGGCAAUAGCUUUGUACUGUAUGAUGGGACCUCAGAGUAUACUGUCAGUCAAGAACAGACUUUCUGCAAUUGUGCUGUCUAUGCUUCAACACUUUCUUACUGUCGCCAUCUAUUUGCAACUCGCCUUUGGAGUGGAGAGUCACUUUUCUUCAUGUUCUGUGAUCGUGGUAGUGAUGAACUUUUACAGAAGCCAUAUUGCACAAAUAGUAAUUCUAAAAGCAUAGUUACUGAAAUUUUGUAAUGCAUUCAGAUUCUUGUAUGCAGUACAUUGCAGCACAUUCAUGUCUUUGUAUGCACAGUUUCUACUGAGAAAAAUUAUGAAAUGCACUGCA